GGGUAAAGGAGGAGGGUCAGGCAGACGGACAGAGGAGGUCUGGAGAACCUCUACAGAGAAAGACCAGAGCUGCUGUGACUUGAGUUGUCUUCAUCUUCAGCAGCUGAGGAAAGAGCAUCUUUACACGGCUACUUCAUCACAAGAGUACGGCGAUCUGUUGCACUUGCACACAGAAAGAGUUUACGACGCCGCAACUUAAUCAGUUCCACUGACAAGUUCGGACAGUGGAGAGGAGAAGCAGCAGGAGAGCAGACCUGUAGGAAGCCAACAUACCAGCAUACCACCACCAACAGAUAAGGCAGUAGGAAGGAACCCCUCAAAAACACCCCGAGAGGAGGGGGAAAAGGAACCCUGAUCCAGGAGAGAGGAGUUGCGGACUGGCAGGAACAGAAUAAAGAGAAAACUAACAAGUCUGUGUUGAGGUGCAAGGUGAAAACCUUGUUAAAGUGACUCAACAGAAGUGCCCCUUGGUGUCUUCAAAAGAGAAGAGAAACAGUAACAACCUGGAGGAGGAACAGCAAGAGAUCAACCGGGCCCCACACCACAAUUUCGCUAUGAGUAUGACUAGUACUCUAGAAAAGGGGGCCCACCAUCAGGCCUUGGACCUGUCUGAGGAGCUGCCCCCUCAUCAUCACCACCACCACAGCAACCACCACCAACACCUCCACCACUCCAACUCCCUGGCCUCCACUGCUGCUAUGGGCGGAGGUGGAGAGACACCCUCGCGUGUGGUGGUACCUCCUCCGUACUCUGCAGCCGAGAGCGGGGGUGGAGGCAGCGAGGCCCCCCUGGAGUUGCGGGGGUCCCUGGACUGCUGGGCUUGUUCCGUGCUGGUGACGGCUCAGAACCUGCUGAUCGCCGCCAUCAACGCCUGCCUGGCCGGGUUGGUGUUCGGGACCAUCCUGACGCCAGCUAUCGUCAUGGUGGUGUUUGGCUUCCUCUGCCACUCUACAGUUCGCCCCCACGGGACGUCGCCCUUCUGCUCAGACCUGCUGACUGAUGGAGGCUGUGUGGCUCUGCUGGUGGUGGGCUUCCUCCUGGUCACGCCUCUGCUGGUGCUGGCGCUGGCUGCCUACUGCCGCCUUGCCCGCCACCUACAGCUGGGCCUCUGCUUCAUCCCGUACAGCCGAGCUGUCUACAAGAACCUGCCGGCCACCCAGCACCGCGGCCUCGGCAACGGCUGCUGCGGCGGACGAGAGGGAGCGGAGGGCAGCGGGAAAGGAAAGGUCUGGGUGUGAGAUGGAGGGGUGAGAGAUACAAAGAG